CGAGUCUCCGCUCGCUCGGGGCACCCGCAACAAGUGGCCGCCGCGCCCUCCCCGGGGAAGCCGCGGGCGCGCAGGGGCGCCGGGAGGAGGCGGCCGAGCCGGGGAGCCCCGGCCGCCCGCGCGGCUCAGCGCCCACCGCACAGGGAUCGGGGCGGGCGGAUGGGGACCCGGCGGCGGCGGCGCGGCGAGCCUCUGGGCGGCCCCGGGGCGCGGGCUCUCCGCGGCGCUGCGCCCGCUGGCCCGGAACGCGGAUUCUAAGAGCGGCGGCUGCCCCCGGCCCCACCCGGAGCCAUCGGGGGUGCCAGGCGGGGACGCAGCGCCCCCUCCCACCGGAGUGCAAGGGGCCGCCCCCGGCCGGAGCCUGGCCCCGGAGCGUGGGGUAUGCGCAGCUAACGGUCCCGUCGGGCGGGCUUUCCUCUGGCGGAGCGCGCAGGCGGUGCGCCCCAGCUAUGGAGUGUCCGGGGAGACGGCGGGCAUGACGGCGGCAGGAUGGGCGCGAACAAUGGCAAACAGUACGGCAGUGAGGGCAAAGGCAGCUCAAGCAUCUCAUCCGACGUGAGUUCAAGUACAGAUCACACGCCGACCCAAGCCCAGAAGAAUGUGGCUACCAGUGAAGACUCCGACCUGAGCAUGCGCACCCUGAGCACGCCCAGCCCGGCCCUGAUAUGUCCACCGACCCUGCCCGGAUUUCAGAAUGGAAGGGGCUCGUCCACCUCCUCGUCGUCCAUCACCGGGGAGACGGUGGCCAUGGUCCACUCCCCGCCCCCGACCCGCCUCACCCACCCGCUCAUCCGGCUCGCCUCCCGACCCCAGAAGGAGCAGGCCAGCAUCGAGCGCCUCCCGGACCAGUCCAUGGUGCAGAUCUUCUCCUUCCUGCCCACCAACCAGCUGUGCCGCUGCGCGCGCGUGUGCCGCCGCUGGUACAACCUGGCCUGGGACCCGCGGCUCUGGAGGACUAUCCGCCUGACGGGCGAGACCAUCAACGUGGACCGCGCCCUCAAGGUGCUGACCCGCAGACUCUGCCAGGACACACCCAACGUCUGUCUCAUGCUGGAAACCGUAACUGUCAGUGGCUGCAGGCGGCUCACGGACCGAGGGCUUUACACGAUCGCCCAGUGCUGCCCGGAACUGCGGCGCCUGGAGGUCUCGGGCUGUUACAACAUCUCCAACGAGGCGGUCUUCGACGUGGUGUCCCUGUGCCCCAACCUGGAGCACCUGGAUGUGUCAGGGUGCUCCAAAGUGACCUGCAUCAGCUUGACCCGGGAGGCCUCCAUUAAACUGUCCCCCUUGCACGGCAAACAGAUUUCCAUCCGCUACCUGGACAUGACGGACUGCUUCGUGCUGGAGGACGAGGGCCUGCACACGAUCGCCGCGCACUGCACGCAGCUCACCCACCUGUACCUGCGCCGCUGCGUGCGCCUCACCGACGAGGGCCUGCGCUACCUGAUGGUCUACUGCGCCUCCAUCAAGGAGCUGAGCGUCAGCGACUGCCGCUUCGUCAGCGACUUCGGCCUGCGCGAGAUCGCCAAGCUGGAGUCGCGCCUGCGGUACCUCAGCAUCGCCCACUGCGGCCGCGUCACCGACGUGGGCAUCCGCUACGUGGCCAAGUACUGCGGCAAGCUGCGCUACCUCAACGCCCGGGGCUGCGAGGGCCUCACGGACCACGGCGUGGAGUACCUCGCCAAGAACUGCGCCAAGCUCAAGUCCCUGGACAUCGGCAAGUGCCCGCUGGUGUCCGACACGGGCCUGGAGUGCCUGGCCCUGAACUGCUUCAACCUCAAGCGGCUCAGCCUCAAGUCCUGCGAGAGCAUCACGGGCCAGGGCCUGCAGAUCGUGGCGGCCAACUGCUUCGACCUGCAGAUGCUCAACGUCCAGGACUGCGAGGUGUCCGUGGAGGCCCUGCGCUUCGUGAAGCGCCACUGCAAGCGCUGCGUCAUCGAGCACACCAACCCCGCCUUCUUCUGAGCGCGCUUGGCGCGCGCCGCACGGACCCCACGAACCCCUUUCUAGAAAGCAGCGUAUGUAAGCACCGACCGCCGCUCGCUCGUAACAGCUCUUUCUUCCUGGAAGGUUCUUAGGCAUCCGGCUUUUCUUUCUCCCUAUGUCUGGCGGGCCCACAGGGGUC